UCAGUGUCACCCAUCAGUGCCACCUAUCAAUGCCAGUCAGUGCCACCUAUCAGUGCUGCCAAUCAGUGCCACCUAUCAGUGCCAGUCAGUGCCUCCUAUCAGUGUGCUUCAGUGCCAGUCAGUGCCGCCUAACAGUUCCAGUCAGUGCCACCUCACAGUGCCAGUCAGUGCCGCUAUCAGUGCCAUAUAUCAGUGCCGCAUUUCAGUGCCAUCAAUGCCUCCUCCUCAUCAGUGCCACCUAUCAGUGUCCUCAUCAGUGCAGCCUAUCAGUGCCCAUCACUGCAGCCUCAUUAGCGCACAUUAGUGAAGGAGAAAAAAUCACUUCUUUACAAAAUUUUAUAACAAAAACU